AUGGCAUCAGCAUCGUGUAGAGCUCGCCGAGACGAGUCGAGCGAUAUACGGGAGUCGAGAGAAGCUCGGCUAAGUCGAAAACGGCGAAAUUCCGCACCAGGAAAGCGCAAGCCGUCGCGGGCGGCGUCGCACGCGGCCAUCACAAACAUUCCCGAAGACGUAGUCCUGGCCGAGCAGGACCGAGCCAGCCAGCCAGAGAUUCUUGGACCAUCGAAGAGAGCAGGUCAAGAGGAGUUCGUAGAUGUACAACAUGACGUGCGUGGAAUGCGAAGCAGGUGCAGGACCCGGGUCCGAAACGGGACAAGGAGCGGAGGAAAGACGCCCGUCGGCCUGACCACGUCUCGCGGAAACGGGAGACUAUACAAUCUUUUCAAAGCUGAGGCCUAUGAAGAAUUGCUUGGUGGCGUAAAACUUCCUUGCUAA